CUGGAAAAUCGGCAAACCGUAACCGAUAAACCGAAUCAGAAACUGUAAACAAGCGAAUUUAUGAGCGUGUUUAGUUCCAAUUCUUUUCAGUCCUUGUAUUUUGCCAUAAAUUAAACUUCAUUUUAAACGUUAUUAUGGAUUUUCUGAAGAAGACAACUGAAAGAUCCUUCCUAGAAGUUGGCUGUGACAUAGCACCUUCCCUGAUGAAUGAUUUUUCAUCUCUGGCAAACUGCUCUGUCUCUGAACUUCUCAACCCAAUCCCAGCAACUACGAAAAAAAUCACCCCUAAGCCAGGUUUUUGCGUCAAAGCAAAGACUGAAGAUGGUGCAAAAAUAUUUAUAAAUGUUUGCCAUCAUCCUGACAUGCCAUUUCCUCCAGAAUUAAGAAAAGAACGUCCGUUUUUUGAUGGCGACAAGUUGCAAAAAUCCAUGGAUUCUUUUCCGCUUAGUCUUGGCGAACCUCAUACAGAGGCAGAUAAAAGUGGCGAACUUUGUCAGUGUUAUGACGUGGUUGUGAAUACUGAUUGCUUAAAAAGGACUGAGGAUUUGUUUUAUCAGGACAUCAUCAUGUCAAUAAGUGUGGCUGGUCUUGAGAGAAAAUAUGGCAUCUCCAUUGUUAUAGAAACUUGUAAAGUGCUGAAUAAAAAGUAUCAUGGUACCAUGCCGCCUCAUUUCAUAAAAGUGAAAGCAGUUGAGGAGAGCCAGUGUAGUUCAGUUCCACCAGAGGCUGAUGAAAGCAGCCAACUGACUUUGCCAUUUUCCAUGAGCUCUAUUCGGGAAUCUCCUCAAGAUCUGGACAUGAAAGUCGCAAGUACGAAAAAAAUCCGUAAUCCUCCUCAUGUGGAGAGUACUUCAGCAACUUACAAACUGUUCCAAGUGCCAUCUUCAGGCAGCCCUGCACUUUUGAUCUUCCAGGCUUUAAUGCCUGCUGCUCAGACGAGCGAUAACAUUACGGUGCUUUUAUCUGAAAGCAGCCUUGUUGUUAGAGAAGAAUUGUCCAAACAGGUCAUUGAUAUAGCUCUACCUUUAAAGGUGAACAAAUCGAAAAGUUUGGCGAACUUUAUGGAAGGGAAAUUCGUAGUUGCCAUGCCAAUUGCUGAGUAAUCAUACUGCCGGGCAGGGUAAAAUGAAAAUUAAGUACUGUGAACAAAGAUGAAUAUGUCUUGAACAUAUGAAAAGAUUUGGUAGUCAAUAAAAUAUUAUGAAGCGAAUCAUUCAUGAUCUUUCAGCCUUUAAUGCCUGCUACUCGGUUCCUGUUUUCCUUGUUCCAAGAAUGAAUUGCAGAAUGUUUUCUAUAUUUGGUCCAGCCUUCUAGGUAACAUGAAACAAUGUUGCCCGCCAGUCCCCCCUACCACUAUUGUGACUUACUAAUGUAAUGUUUAGUUGGAGCAAACCUAACCUGGCAGCAUUGUGCAGGCUACCCAGAUCUUAACUACAGCAUUACGACGCUCCUGGGUCAGGUUUGCACCAACAAUAGUUGUAAUUACAAAAAUAAAUUAUA